CGAUUUCACCGCGUCGCAAGAUGAGCCACCACCAUCGGUCGGGGCCGCUCAAGCAGAAGAACAAGAAGCACAAGGUCGGGAAGCAUGACACCAAGACGCUGCUCGCCAAGAAGAGCGGCGGCAAGGUCGAGCGCGUUGUCGGCAAGGCCGGGAAGCUCCUCCUCACGGGCUCCAAGGCGCAGCGCCUCCAGAAGGCCAAGCAGUGGAAGCAGAUGAAGGCCGACGAUGUCUCGAUGCGCCACCGCCUCGGCGCGCUCAACGGCCCGCCCAAGGUCGUCGCACUCGUACCGCUCGGGCCCUCGGCCAACCUCGACGCCGUCCGCGCGUCGAUCGUCGAGACGGCCUCCAACGUCACGUACUCGGAAGACGCGCGCAUGCUUGGCCGCUUCACGCACGCGACGUUUGCCAACCAGAAGCAGCACCUCUCGAUCAUCGAGUGCGGCCACGACGUCCUCGGCAUCCUCGACAUGGCCAAGGUCGCCGACAUCAUGGUCUUCGUGCUGCCCAUGUACAACGGUCCGGACGCGGCCGUGGGUGCGGACGGCGAUGUGCUGCUUUCGGCCAUUCGCGCGCAGGGCCUCGUCGCGGCGGUCGGCAUCAUCCAGGGCUCGGAAGUCCACGCGCCUAAGGUUGAAGCCGACUGCCGCAAGUUUGGCCAGCGCUUCUUCAACACGGAAUUUGGCGAUGCGAUCAAGGUUGCUGUCGGCAACAACAACGUGCAGGUCAUGCGUGCGGUCCUCACGGUCCAGCCCAAGGUGCUCCACUGGCGCGAGAUCCGCAGCUACAUGCACGCGACCAACGUCGUGUUUGCCCAAGAGUCGGAGACGGCCGGGUCGCUCCAUGUGACGGGGUACCUCCGCGGCAAGCCGCUCUCGGCCAACCAGCUCAUCCACCUCACCGACAUUGGCACGUACCAGCUGAGCCACGUGGUCAAGGGCGACGACCAGAACACGCUCCUUGCCCGCGCCGACCCGUCCAAGCAGGAAGAUCUGCAGUACGAAGCCGAGGUCGACACCUUUGCGGCCGAACAGACGUGGCCGACCGAGGAGGAGCUCAAGGAAGCUGCGAGCACGCGCAAGGAAGUCGACGUCGCCGGCAUGAGCAGCUACCAAGCGGCGUGGCACGUCGAUGACGCCGAGGAUGCGGACGGCGAUCUCAACAUGGACGAGGACGAGGACGAUGACGCGUCGGACAACGAACUGCCGGACCAGAGCUUUUGCAAGGUCGGCGGUGACGCGCCGAAGGACAAGGCGUUGAACGACGACGAUGACGACGACAUGUCGAUGGUCGACGAAGACGAGGACAUGGAGUUCCGCAGCAACGAGAAGGCCAAGCUCCAGGCCGAGCACGAAGCGUUCCCGGAUGAGAUGGACAUUCCCGCCGAGACGCUCGGGAAGGACCGCUUUGCGCGCUACCGCGGCAUGAAGAGCUUCCGGACGAGCCCGUGGGAUGCGAAGGAGUCGCUGCCGAUGGACUAUGCCCGUCUCUUCCAGUUCGAGUCGUUCCACUACACGCAGAAGCGCGUGCUCGACGAGGCAAGGAAGCUGAGGCGCUCUGGAAGGACGCGGUCAAGGCGUCCGAAGACGAUGCGGCGCCGGUCCUCGUCGGUGAGUACAUUGCGACGGGUGCCCUUGUGACGCUCGUGCUCAAGAACGUGCCGGUGGCCAAGAUGGCCGCGCGCAUGCAGGUGAACCGCCCGUUUGUGCUGAGCUCGCUCCUUCGCCACGAGAACCGCAUGUCGGUGCUCAACUUCACGCUGCAGCGGGCGUCGGGCGACAUCUCGGUCAAGUCGAAGGACCCGAUGAUGUUCCACUGCGGCUUCCGGCGCUUUGAGGGCCGUCCGAUCUUCUCGGACGAGAAUAACAAGAGCGACAAGCACAAGUUUCAGCGCUUCAUGCCCAGCGCGGGCUGGACGGUCGCGACGGUCUAUGGGCCCGCGACGUUCCAGCCGGCGUCCGUCCUCGCCUUCCACAGCAACGCGCUCGUGGGCUCGGGCACGCUCCUCAACGUCGACCCGGAUCGCAUCAUCUUGAAGCGCGUCGUCAUUGCGGGCACGCCGGUGCGGGUCAAGAAGCGCAAGGCCGUUGUGCGCUACAUGUUUAACUCGCCCGAGGACGUCCGGUGGUUCAAGCCUGUCGAGCUCACGACCAAGCACGGCAUGACGGGCCACAUCUCCGAGUCGCUCGGUACGCACGGCGACUUCAAGGCGGUCUUCAACAAGCCCAUCAAGCAGCACGACACGGUGUGCCUCAACCUCUACAAGCGCGUCUACCCCAAGCGUGUGGUCCAGGACAUGUAGGCGCAAUGAAUAAAUGAUGAAAUGAAAUUAGAUUAUCCAA